AUGACAGCGGAAGAGGAGGCUGACGAGCCGGGCAACCCUGGUUCUUCCAACAACCCAGAGCAGGAAAACCAGGAGGGACAACAGGAACAGAAAGAAGAAGAACAGCAUCUGAAUGAAGAUGAAGAAGGAUUGGAUCCUCUCGACCUGCAAAAAAUUGUGGAAGCUCGGCUACACGAUGCCGAUGCCAUCCCAAUAAGCCAACAACAGCACACACUAGACUUUUUCCAAACAGAGAAAAGCCCACACCCACACAAAACUGAUGAAGAAGAAUUGGAUCCUCUGGACCAGCCUCCUAAAGUUGUGGAAGCUCGGCUACACGAUUCCGAUGCCAUCCCAAUAAGCAACCAACAGCACACACUAGGAUUUUUCGAAAGAGAGAAAAGCCCACACCCACCCAAAACUGGAGAAGUAGGAGGCCCAAAAGUGGAUGAUCGGUUCCAAGAUUCUGGUCUCUACCAAGGUGAAAAUAGUACCACUCCAGAGCACGAUGACACCCGCAUUGAACUCGUCGACGCUAACACCAAUGUAGCUCCCGAGGAUACAGUUCAAAAUGAUGACAAUUUUGGAAUUAUGCCUUUGCCUCGAUUAGAACGGACUGCUGCCAACAGAAGGGCCCAAGUACAACCGGGUGCCUUCCCAAGUGGAGGAAAUCAAGCAACAGAGGAACAUGUGGAAACAGCAGAGAUGACACACACGGAACCAGCAACUACCCAACCUAUGGUUGAACUAGAAAUUGACAAUAGUGGUUUGGCUGUGGCAAACUUGGUAGCGGCAGAUGAAACCACCACUCAUGCUGAUCUGCCCCAGGCUCAAGAUUACGACCUGGAAAGUGAAAACAGAAGCAGAGAAACAAGAAUGAAGCAAUUCAAAACCAAGGUCUUCUUGGGAGUCAUUGUCUUGUUGGCCAUCAUUCUCAUUUUGAUUGCCAUUGUGACACCUGGAAAGAAACAGGACAUUGCAUAUCUUUUCCCUACAACCUCACCUAGCGAGUCGCCCAGCAGCAACCCAUCUCAGGGGCCAUCGACUUAUUCAGAAUACUGGCUAUCUCUUUUCCCUGAAUCAACAGUGGCUGCAAUCCAGGAGGACCCAGAAUCACCCCAGUCGAUGGCAUUUGAAUGGCUCGUGGAAGAGAUCGACAUCCUACACAACCUUCCAGAACAGAGAGUUGUACAACGUUUUGUACUAGCACAUUCUAUUUUGCCAACAGCGACGAGCGAUGGUUCUUGA